AUUAUAACUAAAUUCCAUAAAUAUUACUCGGACAAAUUUUGCUUAGCAUCGAAGCUAAAGUAAUGCAAAACCAAAUCAAACUGUUUCAGCAUUCCCACUUCGAUCUCUAAUUGCCAUUACCGGUCCUUUCCGGGAGAGUGAAGUUUGAGAAAUGGUUCAGUCUGAAAUGAUCGUCACUAACACGCCGGCGAAAGAUCUCGCAUACACCAACCUUGCCUAUUGCUCCCCGGCAGAUUUCCGGAAUUUCGUUGCUCCCAGGUCAAAGCUGGCCUACGCUCUUGUGGCUGAUGCUUUCGUUCUAUCCGUUUCUGCCCAUGAGUCCAUUCUCCCUGGCCAACUUGGUCUUAAUGCUAUUCAUCGUCGACAUGCAAAGGUUUCUACUGGGGACUCCAUAACUGUGAGCAGAUUCGUUCCAUCUGAUGAAUUCAACCUUGCUUUGUUGACACUUGAAUUGGAAUUUGUAAAAAAGGGAACAAGAGAGGAACAGGUUGAUGCUGUUCAGAUGACUAAUCAAAUACGGAAGAGAUUUGAAAAUCAGGUUAUGACAGUUGGGCAAAGGGUGACACUUGAAUACCAUGGUACUGGUUAUAUCUUCACUGUCAAUCAAGCUCAAGUUGAGGGGACUCCAAAAUCAGCUAAAGUUGAUAGGGGUCUAAUUUAUUCAGAGACGUACAUUAUUUUUGAAGCUCCAAAAGCAAGUGGAAUAAAGAUAACCAACCAACGUGAAGCUGCUAGCAGCAACAUCUUCAGACAUAAAGAGUUCAACUUAGAAUCGUUAGGCAUUGGUGGUUUGAGUGCGGAAUUUGCCGAUAUAUUCCGGAGAGCUUUUGCUUCUAGGGUUUUCCCUUCACACGUCACAUCCAAGCUUGGAAUUAAGCAUGUCAAGGGAAUGCUUCUUUAUGGGCCUCCUGGUACUGGGAAGACACUAAUGGCUCGUCAGAUAGGAAAAAUGCUGAAUGGGAAGGAACCAAAGAUUGUCAAUGGACCUGAAGUGCUAAGCAAGUUUGUCGGUGAAACUGAAAAGAACGUGAGGGAUUUAUUUGCUGAUGCUGAACAAGAUCAGAGGACCAGAGGUGACCAGAGUGACUUGCAUGUCAUUAUUUUUGAUGAAAUUGAUGCAAUCUGUAAGUCCAGAGGUUCUACUAGAGAUGGCACUGGUGUGCAUGAUAGCAUUGUGAAUCAGCUACUCACAAAGAUAGAUGGAGUGGAAUCUCUGAAUAAUGUUUUACUCAUUGGAAUGACCAAUAGGAAAGAUCUUAUUGAUGAAGCACUUUUGAGGCCGGGACGGUUGGAGGUUCAAGUGGAGAUAAGCCUUCCAGAUGAAAAUGGUCGUUUGCAAAUUCUUCAUAUACAUACCAACAAAGUGAAAGAGAACUCUUUUCUUGCUCCAGACGUGAACUUGCCAGAACUUGCUGCACGCACAAAAAAUUAUAGUGGCGCAGAGCUUGAAGGCGUCGUAAAAAGUGCUGUAUCAUUUGCUUUGAACAGACAGCUGAGCCUCAGUGAUCUUACUAAACCAGUAGAUGAGGAGAGCAUCAAAGUGACGAUGGAUGACUUCCUGAAUGCCCUACAGGAAGUCAUCCCUGCAUUCGGUGCUUCUACCGAUGACCUGGAGCGUUGCAGGCUCAAUGGUAUUCAGGAAUGUGGUGUACGCCAUGACCACAUCUAUAGAAAAGUCAUGCUACUAGCAGAACAAGUCAAAGUCAGUGAAAGAAGCCCCCUUGUUACUUGCCUGUUAGAAGGCCCAGGUGGCAGUGGUAAGACUGCAAUGGCAGCGACAAUUGGCAUUGAUAGUGAUUUUCCAUAUGUAAAGAUCAUCUCUGCAGAGACAAUGAUUGGAUUAAGUGAGAGUAGUAAAUGUGCUAAAAUUGCCAAGGUUUUCGAGGAUGCUUACAAAUCUCCGCUAAGCAUAAUCAUUGUUGAUGACAUUGAAAGGCUACUUGAGUAUGUUCCCAUUGGCCCUCGAUUUUCAAAUUUGAUAAAUCAGACGCUGUUAUUGCUCCUCAAACAACUCCCACCAAAGGGGAAAAAAGUGCUGGUUAUUGGAACUACCAGCCAGUUUGAAUUUUUGGAGUCGAUCGGCUUCGCUGAUGUCUUCUCAGUCGUGCACACUGUUCCAACAUUAACAAAGGUGGAUGCUAAGAAGGUGUUAGAGAAACUUGAUGUGUUUUCGGAGAACGAUAUUGAUGCUGCUGCAGAGGUGUUAGAUAAUUUGCCAAUCAAGAAACUCUACAUGGUCAUAGAAAUGGCUGCUCAGGGUGAGCAGGGCGGGAGAGCCGAAGCGAUCUACUCCGGCAAAGAAAAGAUUGAUAUUUUACAUUUCUAUGAUUGCGUCAAAGACAUCAAACGAAUGCUCCCUGAUUUCUAACAACUUCGGUUCUUUGAUCCCUCCAGUCAUUCAUCUUGGCCUCUUGGGUGGGAACCGGUUUCUGAAACCUUAGUGCUGCAACGUCGGUUCUUUGAUCCCUCCAGUCAUUUUUGCUUGGUAUGGCUAUGGCUACUGAUCCGUUCAACUUCAACGUAGAUUGUUAUGCUGCAUGGGUCAAACACCCAACCAUAUUUAGUUUUAUACUUUUCUUCUUGCGAGUAUGGCUUUUCAUUUAAUUGGAUACUACAGGUUUAUACUUUGAUCUCUCAUUUAUAGUUUUAUAGCCACACACUGACACACGCACGUAAUUAAUGUUUUUUUUGGUAAAAACAUAAUUAAUGUUUUUGAUGAUACCAACCAUAUCAUUUAUACCCACUACUUAUUCCCUAAGAUGAGAGUUGUGAAAUGUUACUAUUUAUGCCGCC